AUGGGACAACGACUCAGCAGUUCUAAAGAUAAAUCCUCUUCCUCCUCAUGUUCGAGCUCCUCCUCUUCUUCCGAAGGCUAUUUAUCCUCACACAAGCAUUGUUCUUCUAAAAAUUCCAAGUCUUCUUCUUCUUCUUCAUUGUCAACCACAUGCAAACAACAAGUUUUGUUAACUUUUGGUUUAGAAAUUAAUAUGCAGAAUUUCAAAAACAUUGAACCAGUCAAGUUCAUCUCGAUGGCGUCAACAACAACGAUUGGUCAUUCGCUUCAUGCUUCUACGAUUCAUCAGAAUCAUCACUCCUCACCAUCAUCUUCAAUCAAGAAGAAACUUCGAAGAGAUUCAAAAAAUUCAAAUUCUUCUUCUUCUUCAUCGUCUUCUUCUUCGAGUCAUCACGAAAUUGGACGAGAAAUUGCCUUUUAUAAAUUCCAAGCAUUGAAUGAAAUCGAAUCUUUUUCGAUCAAAAGUGUGAGUUCCGGUAAAGGAUUUGCAGCGUUAUUGACUCAUGAUGGAAGAUUAUUUGCAUGUGGAAAGUUACCAUACACGUCAGAAACGGAGCUGAGUGAAUUGCAUCGAGUGUUUGCAUGGAAUAAUAAGAAAGAAAAAGUGGAAUUGUUUUCAGAGGUUGCGUGUGGAAUGUAUUUUAUGAUGGUCUUGUCACAAGAUCGAAAAUCGUUAUUAUCUGCUGGACAGAAUGAAUGUGGUCAGAGAGGUAUCGGACGAGGCGGAGUUUUAGAUUUCAAAGAAUGUUGCUUCAAGAAUCUCGAAAAGAAAAGCACGUGCGCCAACAUUAAGAAAAUAACAUGUGGCUAUCAACACACCAUGAUUCUCAUGAACGACGAUAACUUUAUUGGAACAGGAUGUUCCUUCCAAAAUCAAUUAGGGACUAUCGAUUCUGGUAUCUGUUACGAAUUUAUGGAAUUGGAUCGUCCAAAAACCGCAAAUUGCAAAAUUAUUGACGUUCAAGCUGGAUUUUUCUUUACUGUUUGUUUGGAUGAAAUGGGAAUGGUUUAUGUCACAGGAUUGAGAGCUCACUCGAAUUUGGUUGAUGCUCAUCAUUGGACGAUGCUUUCAACAUUUGUGAAUAAUCCAGUUGAGAGCAUGUGUGUUUCGUGCUCAAAUUCGUUCUUUGUGACAAAAAGUGGAACGACUUUUACAAAUUUGAAUUUUGACAAUAUUCCUUCCAAUAAUGAAAAUUUGAUACCAUUGAGUCCACAAAUGGGAACUAUUAAGAAAGUGUUUGGAAAGGAGACUUUCUUUGCUGUGAAUACGAAUAAUGAAGUUUUUGUGUCAUCUUCGAAUGGAGCUCAGGGACUUCCUUCAACAACUAACUCUUCGAAACAAUAUUGGAUCAAACAUACUCCUCUCAUGCAACAAGCAGUGAUGUGUGACGAUAUUUCUGUACUGGAUGCUUUCACAUUCUGUGUUUACAUUCUGACUCGAGAUGAAGGAGUGUUAAAAGCCAACUUAAUGACAAUAUUGAGAACUCAACACCAACCAAAGGAUGAUGAGAAUGAUAAGAACUACUUUUUCGAUAUUGAAGUAAAACACUAA